AUUCCAUACGAAGAGAAAACACUCCUGAUCAAAAUAUGACACAGAAAAUAUUGGAUACAUGCGAGAUGAUUUUAACCUCGCUAAAUGAGGGGAGGAUGCUUUCAAUUUCUAAAUGGAGUCUAGAUCGACCUCAACUUCCAUUACAAACAAACCUGCAUGAUUGUGGUGUCUUCAUGUUGAAGUUUAUGGAAUGUUGGGAUGGAAAAUUGACUGAAAAUUUCUCACAGGAUGACAUGGUAUUUUUCCGAAAGAAGAUCCAGGAAGACUUGGUGCUAUUCUCCAAAAACAAUGCUAAAAAGGACACUUCAACAAAGUAUGGCAUUUUAUUUUUUACCAAUAGAUAUUAUUAGGAUAUUUUAAAAUCA